CUGUCUACAAUUUCUUUUCUUUCUUCAGCAUGUCCUACAGUUGUGUGAAAGGUGGAGGUCAUACAGUAACAUCAGAUUUCAAUGAGAUCAAGUGCAAGCUUUGCGAGUUAUCGGGUAAAACAUGUCCAAGUUGUAGCAAUGUAGCUAGGGUUUCUAGCAGUGCCUUACCUGGUGUUGGUGGUGGCUUUGGUGCUGGUGGCUAUGGUGCUGGUAGUGGUGGCUAUUGUGGUGGUGGUGGCUAUGGUGGUGGUUUUAGUAAUAUUUACUGCAUGCUUUGCAGGGCGAGGGGCAUUAUAUGUGCAGGGUGUUGCAAUGUAGCUAAGACUGCUAGCAGUGCCUUUACUGGUGGCUUUGGUGGUGGCUUUGGUGGUGGUUUUGUUGGUAACUAUGGUGGUGGCUUUGGUGUUGAUGGCUUUGGUGGAGGCUCAAGUGGUGCUGGAGGACAAUAUGAUAGCAGCUUCUCUGAGAACAAGAAGGAAACCAUGCAGAAUCUUAAUGAUCGUUUGGCCAACUACCUGGACAAAGUGAGAGCGCUGGAGACAGCCAAUGCUGAACUGGAACGCAAGAUUAAAGAAUGGUAUGAAAAGCAACACACUACCAGUGAUGGAGGAAAGGACUACAGCAAAUAUUUGUCAUUAAUCGAUGAACUUAACAUGAAGAUACUAAAUGCAACUGUAGACAAUGCGGAAAUCGCCCUACAUGGUGAAAAUGCCAGACUGGCUGUUGACGACUUCAAAUUAAAGUAUGAGAAUGAGUUGUCCCUUUACCAGACAGUGGAAACUGAUAUAAAUGGCCUGCGCAAAGUCAUGGAUGAGCUUACCCUGUCCAAAUCUGAUCUGGAAUCUCAGCUUGAGAGCCUCAGAGAGGAACUGGCCUAUCUUAAGAAGAAUCACGACGAAGAGAAAAAGGGUGUCCAAAACAAUAAACUUAGCCAAGUUAACGUGGAAAUGAAUGCUGCACCUGGUAUGGACUUGACCAAAAUACUGAAUGACAUGAGAGCCCAGCAUGAAGCACUGGCUGAGAAGAACCGCCGGGAAGCUGAAGACCGUUAUAAUAAAUUGAGUGCGGAACUGAGACAAAAAAUAUCUGCUGGGGCGGGACAAGUGCAGACAAGCAAAAGUGAAAUCUCAGAACUUAAAAGAACAUUCCAAGCUCUUCAAAUUGAACUUCAGUCUCAAAUCGCCAUGAAACAAUCUCUGGAGAUGGCCUUAGCAGAAACUGAAGGCAGUUACUGUAUGAAACUGUCAAGGAUUCAGGUGACCAUUUCCAGCAUAGAAGAAGAACUGGCACAGCUCAAAGCAGACUCGGAGUGCCAGCGCUCAGAGUACCAACAGCUCUUAGACAUCAAGACAAGGCUGGAACAAGAGAUUGAAACAUAUCGUAAACUCCUGGAUGGAGAAGGGAGCGGAACAGGAAAUGGCUCCACUGGUUCUAGAGUGAGAACCGUCAAAGUCAUUACAUUUGUUGAAGAUGUGGAGAAUGGAAAAGUUGUUUCAAAGGAGGAAACGGUACAGCACUUAUAAACCAAUCGUCCAUUCUGGCCAAAGAUUCUUCUUCAAUGCAAGUUCCAUCUUUUAUUUUGCUUGACACACAAUCAUGUUAAUAAAAUGCACUUGCUUUAACCAAAUA